UGAUACACAGAAGCAGAAACCCUAGAGAGGAGUAAGAGAGAGACAGCGAGGCUAACUCAGUCAGUACCCAACCCCAUCUGCGCUUAACUAGCUCUCCUGCUCUGCUUUGUCGCUUCAGCCAUGGCCACUGCUAAAACUGUCAAGGACGUCUCUCCUCAUGAGUUUGUUAAGGCUUACUCUGCCCAUCUCAAGCGAUCUGGCAAGAUGGAGCUUCCUCACUGGACUGAUAUUGUGAAGACAGCUCAAUAUAAGGAGCUUGCUCCCUAUGACCCAGACUGGUACUAUGUCAGAUCUGCCUCCAUGGCAAGGAAAAUCUACUUGAGGGGAGGUCUUGGUGUCGGUGCUUUCCGUAGGAUAUAUGGUGGUAGCAAGAGGAAUGGAAGUCGUCCACCUCAUUUCUGUAAAAGCAGUGGAGCUGUUGCUCGACACAUUCUUCAACAGUUACAAAACAUGAACAUUAUUGAGAUUGACACCAAGGGUGGAAGGAGAAUAACAUCCAAUGGCCAACGAGAUCUUGACCAAGUUGCUGGGAGGAUUGUGGUUGCUCCCUGAAUCAGUGGAUUAUAAAGCUUUGACUCAGCAGACACAGCGUAAUUUGAUGAUAUAUUGCAGACUUCUGUUAGUUAAUGGGAGAGAUUUUGCUGCGUUGUUAAGCAAGUUUUGAUUCCAAUUGUAGACAUUUGAGAAUGAACCUGUUUUCUGUUUUGUUGCAUUUUUAGUUGUUUGACAUUUUAUCUAUAGUUUCACUGAAGUCCAUGUUGUUGGAGAGGCUUUAAUUUAAUGUUUGAAGAUAAUAGGAUGAAAUUUUUUUUUU